AUUGGAUAUUGAUAGUUUGAUGGCUAUAAAAGCGUGCUUAGUGAUUUCAAACUUCCAUGCAGAUACAAAAGCUGAAAAAGAGUGAAAAUGGAUGCAAGUACUAUUGCUUCUAUUAUAAUCUCGGUGAUUUCGGUUUUCAUAUUAAGCUUCACGAUAAAACUUGCAAAGAAAUUUUGGUUGAGGCCAAAGAAAGUAGAAAAACGACUGAGGGAGAUAGGAUUUAAGGGAAAUUCAUACAGGUUCUUCUAUGGAGACGCAAAAGAAAUGGAGCAGAUGAGAAUACGGGUCUUAUCCAAGCCCAUAGACCUCUCCUCUGACGAUAUUGCAUCGCGUGUUUUGCCAUAUCACCACUAUUUGGCCCAGAAGUAUGGUAAACAAUUUUUCAUCUGGAUUGGCACGAAACCGAGAUUGACUGUAAUGGAUCCGGUGCUAGUAAAGGAGAUUCUGGCGAGACCAGAUGAGUUCCAGAAGCCGAGGAAUGAUCAUAUGGCUCAUGUGAUGGUAGGUGGACUCUUCACCACUGAGGGUAACAUAUGGUCCAAACAUAAGAAGAUUAUCAACCCUACUUUUCACAUGGACAAGAUUAAGAAAAUGGUACCAUUGAUCGUGAAGAGCUCUUUGGAUAUGAUGGACAAGUGGAACAUGUUACUAUCAGCGUCAAAGAAAUCAGUUGAGAUUGAUUUAUGGGAGGAUAUACAACCUUUGACAUAUGAUAUAAUGUGCAAAACACUUGUUGUGGGUGAGACUAACGAAGAAAUCACAAGGAUUCAUGAGCUCCGUGAUCAGAUUAACGAACAAGCAGCCAAAGUAGGAAAGCUCAUGUUCUUUCCCGGCUGGUGGAAUCUACCAACUAAAGAUCUGAACACUCUGAAAUCAGUUCAUAAACAAGUUGAGGGUUUAGUGAAGAAAGUGGUGACUAAAAGAUUGGAAGAAAUGAAAAGAGGGGCAAGCAGUGAAGGCGAUAUGUUGGGUUUGAUGUUGGAAGCUUAUCUGGACAAAACAGGUGGAUUUAGUCUUGACGAUGUGAUGGAUGAGUGCAGAAGUUUUCAUUUCGCAGGGACAGAAGUUACAGCACGGUCUUUGAUAUGGGUACUCUAUGUUCUCAGCAAAUAUCCUGAAUGGCAAGCGAAAGCAAGAGAAGAGGUUCUACAGGUUUUUGGAGAUCAAAACCCGAAUGCUGAGGGACUAAACCAACUCAAAAUUGUAACAAUGAUUCUGUAUGAAGUUAUGAGAUUGUAUCCACCAACUAGUAUGAUUCACCGAGCUAUCUCCAAGGAUACAAAGUUAGGAGACAUGAUUCUACCGGCCUGGGUCCAAAUGACCAUCCCCAUAACUUUAAUGAAUCACGACCCUGACAUUUGGGGAGAAGAUGUGCAUGAAUUCAAACCGGAAAGAUUUGAGGAAGGUGUUUUCAAUUCAAAAAUGCAAUCUGUUUACUUUGCUUUCGCUAGCGGUCCUCGAAAAUGUAUUGGACAAAGUAUGGCAAUGGUUACAGACAAAUUUGUGGUAGCAACUCUUUUGCAACGCUUCAGUUUCGAGAUCUCUCCCUCGUAUGAGCAUGCUCCCAAGCAUGCUUUCCUCCUCGUACCUCAGCAUGGAAUGAAACUUGUUGUGCGUAAACUUAUCUAGCUACUCAGCAAUGGAAUUCUGGUGUGUAAUCAAGCCUUGUUAUCUUUGGCUGUGUAUUUUGUAUUUUCGGUUUGUCUAUUAAUAUGUAUGCACAAAUGUU